GAGAAGACUAAAGUCUUCACAAACAAUCACAACAAGCACAGUUCACGUGUGGAGCUGCCGUCUUAUUUUGUGCAGAAGCUGAGGUAUCAUCAGGCAAAAUGUCGGAUAAUGAUGGAGAGACUGAAGAACUGCCACAAGGACCAGUGGAAAAUGCCUGGGCCAUAAAAAUUCCAGAAUUUAAGAAAGGUGAUAUGACUAGCCACCUUCUAGAAGAAAGCUCCUUUUCUGUUCUUUUCCCAAAAUACAGAGAGAAGUACCUCAAGGAGUGCUGGCCAUUGCUGACAAAAACACUGGCAGAUUAUGGUGUCAAAGCUGACCUUGAUCUCAUAGAAGGAAGAAUGACGGUAUGUACAACACGGAAGACUUGGGAUCCAUAUAUAAUAAUAAAAGCUCGAGACAUUAUUAUGCUGCUCGGAAGAUCAGUCCCCGUUGAGCAAGCCGUUAAAGUUCUUCAAGAUGAUGUUACACAUGAAAUCAUCAAGAUUCGCAACAUGAUUCAUAAUAAAGAUAGAUUUGUAAAACGAAGACAGAGGCUAAUUGGUGCAAACGGCACCACUCUUAAAGCCCUCGAGUUACUUACAAACUGCUAUGUGCUGGUUCAAGGUGGAACAGUUGCUGCCAUUGGGCCUCACAAAGGAGUUUUACAGGUGUUGCGUGUAGUGACGAGCACAAUGAAGAACAUUCAUCCCGUGUAUCUACUUAAAGCUCUCAUGAUCAAAAGACAGUUAGUUCAAGACCCAAACCUCAAGGAUGAAGACUGGUCAAGGUUUAUACCCAACUUUACAUCCAAAAACGUCCAGAGAAAGAAACCGAAAGUCAAGAAGGCGAAGAAGCCCUACACUCCAUUUCCACCGGCUGCCACAGAGAGGAAAGUUGACAAACAAAUGGCCGAGGGCAAGUUCUUCGUUGACCAGGAAGAAAGGAAGAUCUCCAAGAAGAGGAAACCUACGGAAGAGAAGAAAAAAGAGAAUGCCGAGAAGCAGAAGGAAAAGAGAGCCAAAGCAUUUGUGGCACCCGAGGAGCCCAAGUACAAGCCGGUCACCCCUCAAGUUAACUCUCAUGUUGAUAUUGAAUCAUUAAAAAAGAAAGUAAAAAACAGGAAAAGCAAAUAAUGUGUUUAUGUUUAGUUUCUUGGGUCUGACAGUACUGUAUUGCACAUUAUUGUAAAGUUUAUUAACUUUGCACUCCAUUUUGAAGUUUAAAUAAAUAUUUUAUGUAAAA